GUCUGAGGUGUUUGAUUUGGGAAUUCAUCUGCUACAUGCGCCAUCCAUUCCUCAAACUUAACUCUCGCCAAAUCUAUUCUCUCCCAAAGGGCAAAAAAGAUGGAGAAAACUCUAAUCCAACCGUUAAUCGCGAUGUUAAUCUCUUUCCUAAUCGCGAUUAGAUCCUACAGAAGAAAGUCUCUCGAUUUAUCUGGAGCUCUUUCCGGGUUUAUCGUCAUGGCAAUUCACUUCGCUGUCGGAUACAGGUUUGGAGCAAUGUUGCUGGCCUUCUUUUUUACUUCAUCGAAGCUCACCAAAGUUGGAGAAGAGAAGAAGCGACGAGUUGAUGCUGAUUUCAAGGAAGGUGGACAAAGAAACUGGAUACAAGUUUUAUUCAAUAGUGGUGUUGCAACAGUUUUGUCUGUGAUUAUUUGGAGUCUGACUGGAGGGGAGGAUAAGUGCCUAGAUUCAAAAGAGUCUGUUCUUAUCACAUCCUUAAUUGGUGGUAUAAUCGGUCACUAUUCCUGCUGCAAUGGUGACACUUGGUCCUCAGAGAUUGGGGUUCUUAGUGAUGCCCAGCCGCGGUUGAUCACAACUUUUAAGACUGUUCGAAGGGGCACAAAUGGAGGUGUGACAAAAACAGGACUUCUAGCAGCUUUGGCAGCAGGGAGUGUCAUUGGGUUGACAUUUGUUCUUGUUGGAUUUUUCACUACAACAUGUUCAACUGGUAUGGCCAUGAAGCAGCUACUGGUUAUACCCCUCUCUGCAGUGGCAGGACUUUUAGGAAGUAUCAUAGAUUCGCUGUUGGGAGCAACCCUUCAAUUCAGUGGGUUCUGCAGUGUUAGAAAUAAGGUUGUUGGAAAACCUGGACCAACAGUAAAGAAGAUUUCAGGUCUCAGCAUUCUUGACAACAAUGCUGUGAACCUUGUCUCAGUACUACUGACCACAGUGCUGACUUCAAUUGCCUGUGUGUACAUUUUCUGAGUCCAUAUGCAUAUUCUUCAUAAGGCGACCCUUUUUAGGCGGUUCAGACUGUACACUGUCGUAAGAAUGUUUAACAAAUGUUAGAAAAUGUAUCGCAAUCAGAUGAUGAACUUUAUAUUUGAUGGAAUCGAUGUGGGGGAAAAUGAAGUUCAUUUGUUCUUCAAACCAUACUGCUUGACUGGCAAGGUUGAAAUAAUAAUGCAAGAUGAGUGGUGCUUCAUCUUGGAGUGAUUUCGCGCA